AUGAUCCUCUGUUAUGCUGACGACGUAACCCAACUGAUCUCAGGUUACUCGAUAGACACCCUCAAACGAAUAGCACAGGAAGAAAUAGACAAAGUAACCUUCUGGGAACACGACUGGCGGAUUAAAACAAACCGCAACAAGUCUAAAAUCCCAUACUUCUUCCACAACAAAAGACGAUACCCUGUCCCAGUAAAACUCUACUCUCAGUCACCCGACCCAACCCACAACCUUGAGAGUCAACAACACAGUACUUGGACUCACAUUAGACUUCAACUUCCGCUUCCACACACACACGUAGUAUCCAAGAAAGCUAUUGCCUCCAAAGCUCUAUCAAAGCUAUACCCCCUCAGACAUGCCUCCCAAGCCACCAAGUUCUAUCUAUAUAAAACACUUAUCCUCCCACUCCUAUCAUAUGCACACAUUCCACUCUCACUUGAAGCACCAACAAACAGGAAACAACUUCAGCGUACCCAGAACAGGGCCCUGACAUGGGUGUUCGAUUCCCACUGGCAGGACUUCACCACUAGUGAGGUCCUGCAUGAGAGGGCGAACAUCCCGUCUCUGAACAUUGUCUGGGACACUAUAGGGAAGAAACAUAUUACAAUAAUUCUCACCUACCACGACAACUACGACACCUUCCUCAGAAACACCCUUAUUAGACCUAGAAAAAGGCACAACCUCUUUACCUGA